ACAGAGAAGCACCAGCUUUUUUUUCUUUAAAUUUCUCUCUCUCUCUCUCUCUCUCUCUCUCUCUCUCGUUGGGAGUUUUUGAAGGUUAGAAGACUGAAUUAUUCCUUAUUUUUGGGGGAAAAUCCAUAGUCUUUAGUUGAUAUUGAAGAGGGUAAGUGAUUAAGAGAGAGAUUGUGGGGGUAACGGUUUGAGGGUAGUGCUUGAGAUUUAAAGGGGAAAGUUUUCUGCUUUUUUCUGGGUUUUGGCACCGAUUCUGUAGGUGGGCUGGUGUGAAGUUUGCUCAUUUGGGAGUUGAUCCGGUUUUGAGCAGGGAAAUCUGCAGAAGGGUGCUGAAAUUUUUUGUGGGGUCUGUGUUUGUAGAGCAGAAGGAUGUGGUGGAUGAUGAGUGAAGGUGGAGGGCAUUACUGUUCUAAGAAGACUGAUCAUAUUUGUGGUGAUGUAUGUGGGCAGGAAUCAAGCCAAGCUUUGAGCUUGUCAAGAAUCCGCUGCAUACUUCGUGGGAUAGAUUUCAAGACAUUUCUGUUUCUGUUUACGGUUGUUCCAACUUGUGUAUUUGUCAUAUAUGUCCAUGGGCAGAAGAUCUCGUACUUCCUACGACCCCUGUGGGAAUCACCUCCGAAACCUUUCCAUGAUAUCCCACACUAUUAUCAUGAGAAUGUCUCCAUGGAAAACCUAUGCAAACUCCAUGGUUGGGGGAUUCGUGAAUACCCAAGACGUGUUUAUGAUGCAGUGCUGUUCAGUAAUGAGCUGGAUAUUCUUACAAUAAGGUGGCAAGAGCUGCACCCUUAUAUCACCCAAUUUGUUCUCCUUGAGUCCAAUUCAACAUUUACUGGACUCCCAAAGCCUUUGGUUUUUACCUCGCAUAGGGAUCAGUUCAAGUUUGUUGAGUCCAGGUUGACUUAUGGGAAUAUUGGAGGACGAUUUAAAAAAGGGGAAAACCCUUUUAUUGAGGAGGCUAUCCAGCGAGUGGCACUAGACCAGCUUCUCAAAAUAGCAGGAAUUUCUGAUGAUGACUUGUUGAUAAUGUCAGAUGUUGAUGAGAUUCCUAGCAGGCAUACUAUCAAUCUCUUGAGAUGGUGUGAUGACAUACCUCAGAUUCUUCAUCUGCAGUUAAAGAACUACCUUUACUCCUUUGAGUUUCUGGUCGAUAAUAACAGUUGGAGAGCAUCAGUGCACAGGUAUCAGACAGGUAAAACUAGGUAUGCUCAUUAUCGCCAGACGGAUGACAUCUUGGCAGAUGCAGGCUGGCACUGCAGCUUCUGCUUCCGUCGCAUCAGUGAGUUCAUAUUUAAGAUGAAAGCUUACAGCCAUUUUGAUAGAGUGAGGUUCUCACAUUACUUGAAUCCCAGAAGAGUUCAGGAAGUAAUUUGCAAGGGGGCUGACUUAUUUGACAUGCUUCCAGAGGAGUACACAUUCAAGGAAAUCAUUGGGAAAAUGGGACCUGUACCUCAUUCCUACUCUGCUGUUCAUCUUCCAUCCUAUCUUCUGGAGAAUGCAGACAAAUAUAAAUUCCUCUUGCCUGGAAAAUGCAUAAGAGAAAGUGGGUGAUUCUCAAUAACUCUAGAUGUCUAUUUCUGUAAAGGCCUGAGGUGACUCCUCAUGAAGGGUUUAACAGAGCAAUGGAUGCAGCAAUGGCAUUCGUCCAGCUAUGUCUGUUACCAUGACAUUCUCACAGUUGGGAAGUUGGACAAAUGCUUGGAAUGAAUAUCUAGAUUGAAAUCUUUGUCUAUAACUUUUCUUUGAUUUUUGAGGUUUCACUUGAUGGAGGAUGUUCCUUUCUCUGAGGUGGGAUCAUGCUAUAACAGGGGGUUGUUGUAGAAUUUUUAUGUUACUCAGAUUGGUAUGACAUGCGUCCCUAAUACAUUAGUUUGAGGUUCGUCGGAUUCCCUAUGUUGGGAGGUUUUGUCUUGAGACAAUUUAUUCAUUCCUGUUUUCAUUGUAUUACUUGUAUUUUGUACCAUUUGAUUGCUUUUAGAUCAUUUACCCCAAUUAUUUCUUCCCAAUUCAGUUGGAUUAUAGCUUUCAAUGAUGGAUUUAGUUGAAAUUUUUU